CAUUCAAAGAGAAACAGUCGUCUCACUCUCAGACUCUGUGAAGCUGUUGUUAGAGAAGAUUGUUUCUAUUGACAACAACACAUUUUCUGAUGAGAAAUUUGAGUUAAAACUGUGGGUAGAUAUCUCAAAUGAUGUUGAUGAACUGAGUGUUUUUGAAAACAUUCUUGAAUCUAUUACUUCACAACCAACCAAUAAUAAUACAUCUGACACCAAUGCCAUUUACCCUAAUUUUUUGCUGGUAUUGGAUGGUGUGUGGGAUGCAAGAUCUGUCAAUUGGACAUUACUUAUGGAUAUCUUUAAUGCUGGGGAAACAGGAAGUAGGGUCAUUGUCACAACACAAUUUGUCAUACAAUAGAGGGCUAUAUGACUCAUUUGAUAAAUUUGAUAAAUGGUACGGAAUAAAAGGUUUGCGUACCUUUCUAGCAAUUCCAUUACAAGAACAAUUACCUCUUGGUUUGCUAUCAAACAAGGUAGUACAUGACUUGCUUCCAACAAUGAAACAAUUACGAGUGUUGUCUCUCUCAAACUACAAGAGUAUCACUCAGGUUCCCAACUCUUUUGGAGAUUUGUUAUACAUGCGGUACUUGAAUCUUUCUCACACUAAUAUUGAAAGGCUGCCUUCUAAAACAUGCAAGCUUUACAAUCUGCAGUUCUUGUUGUUGGCAGGCUGUAAAAGGUUCACUGAAUUGCCAAAGGACAUGGGAAAAUUGGUUAAUCUAUGCUACCUUGACGUAAGUAACACCGCGUUGAGGGAGAUGCCGAAGCACAUGGGAAAAUUGGUUAAUCUAUACUACCUUGACGUAAGUAACACCGCGUUGAGGGAGAUGCCGAAGGACAUGGGAAAGUUGGUUAAUCUACGCUACCUUGACGUUAGUGACAUUGUAUUGACGGAGAUGCCAAUUCAAAUAGCUAAACUACAAAACCUCCAAACUCUGUCCGACUUUGUUGUCAGCAAACAUAAUGAUGGAUUGAAGGUUGCAGAGUUGGGAAAAUUUCCCAACCUACAUGGAAAACUUUCCAUCUCACAAUUACAAAAUGUUUAUGACCCCAUUGAAGCUUUUAAAGCCAAUAUGAAGAUGAAAGAACGAAUAGAUGAAUUAGCUUUAGAAUGGGAUUGUGGUACUACUUCAAAUCCACAAGUUCAAAGUAUUGUACUUGAACAUUUGCAACCCUCAAAAAAAUUGAAAAGUCUCACCAUCAAAGGCUAUGGCGGAGUCAACAUUCCAAAUUGGUUGGGUGAUUCUUUAUUUGAUAAUAUGGUGUAUUUAAGGAUCUCCAAUUGUGAUAACUGUUUAUGGCUUCCACCCCUUGGACAAUUGGGUAAUUUGAAAGAACUCAAUAUUGUUUCGAUGCUUUCAAUAAACAGUGUUGAUAUAGAGUUCUAUGGAAGUGAUGGUUCUGCUUUAUUUCAACCAUUUCCGUCCUUAGAGACUCUACGCUUUGAGGAUAUGCCUGAGUGGGAGGAAUGGAACAUGAUUGGAGGUCCGACUAUGAAUUUUCCUAGUCUCAAACAUUUGUUGCUAAAUAAAUGUCCUAAAUUGCAGGGAAACAUACUUUACAAACUUCCUUCCUUAACUGAACUUGAGUUAAAAGGGUGUCCUUUACUGGUGGAGUCAAGACAUUCAGAUGAUAAUAACAAUAUCAUCAUUAUAGCUCCAAUGUCAGGUGUAUUCAACAGAUUGAUGCUCCCUCUCAAUUCUCUUCAACAGUUGACCAUAGACGACUUUCCAUGUCUAACGUCUUUCCCAACAGCCGGCCUACCAAAAACCUUGAAAUUUCUCAUAAUUAGUAAUUGUGAGAAUCUAGAGUUUCUACCUCAUGAAUGUUUGCACAAUUACACAUUGCUCGAGGAAUUGAAAAUAUCUUAUAGUUGUAAUUCAAUGAUAUCAUUUACCUUGGGUGUUCUCCCCGUCCUCAAGAGUCUGUUUAUUGAAGGUUGUAUAAAUCUGAAAUCAAUAUUAAUUGCAGAAGAUGUGUCGCAAAAGAGUCUCUCAUUUCUUAGAAGCAUCAAAAUAUGGGAUUGUAAUGAACUGGAGUCAUUUUCCCCAGGUGGAUUGGCCACUCCAAACCUCAUUUAUUUUGGAAUGUGGAAGUGUGAGAAGCUUCCUUCACUACCACAAGCAAUGCAAACUCUAACUGACCUUCGAGAAAUGGAAAUUGAUAAUCUACCAAAUCUUCAAUCAUUUUUCAUCGAUGAUUUGCCUAGUAGUUUACAAGAACUGACUGUUGGUUCUGUUGGAGGGAUUAUGCGGAAUACUGUGCCAACUUGGGAACAUCUCACUUGUCUUUCAGUGUUGCGAAUUAACAGCGAUGAUUCGGUGAACAUGUUGAUGGGGCCUUUUCUACCUGCAUCGCUUUUGACACUAUGCAUCUAUGAUCUCAAUGAUACAGUCAUUGAUGGGAAGUGGUUUCAACAUCUAAAGUCUCUCCAAAAACUUGAGAUUGUUAAUGCUUCCAAACUCAAGUCGUUGCCAAAAGAGGGAUUGCCUUCCUCUCUGCAUGUACUAAGUAUCACUUGUUGUCCGUUAUUGGAAACCAAUUUGCAGAGGAAGCGAGGAAAAGAAUGGCGUAAGAUUGCUCGCAUUCCCUUCAUAAUCAUCAAUGAUAAAAUGAUCACAUGAGUUUCCUGUUUGGAGUUAUGUUCUGUGUCACCUCUGCUUGUGCCUGAUCUUGCUGCUGCAAGAAAUCAAAUUUGUAUUCAGAACCUGCACCCAAGUAUAGUAAAUGUUUUACUAAACAUGAACAGACGAAAAGGAGAAACAGCAACUGUUAGGAACUCAAGAAUUCUAUAAUUCUAACGACUGACUGGAAAUAUGUCAGGUACACUUUCUGUCUAUAUGACUUCAUAUAUAUUUUAAAGAGUUGGUUUUAAUGCAUUGACUAUAUAAAACUUUUGUAACACGGGUUAAAUUUGUCUCUAUUAUAUUAGUCUAAUAAAUAUCAUUUAUGCAUUUACAUAUUAUUUUCUUUUUGUAAAUGGCCGGACUGUUGGUCAACUAGAACUCUUCCUUAAGAAAGGUUCCUAAAAUCAGCAUAUAAUUUAACAUCACUAUUUUGUUUUUAUCCUCCCUCACUUUAAAUUUAAUAAGUUUUUGUUCAUGAUUUGUUUCUGGUAUAGAUUUAUGUUUUAAUUUACUCUACUUUUUCCUCGAGUAUCCUACAGGAUUUAGAAAAAUGAGGUACAAAUCUUUUGUUUUAUGAAAAGGAGUGAUUUUGAGAUCAUUUGUUAGUUUCUCAUCCAUGGUUAUAGUUUUUAGCCAAUUAUUAUCUUUUAGUUGUAAAUUAGAUAAAGCAUUGGUUCCAUCAAUACCUUUUAAUUGGACCAAAAUCAAACAUUUGCUUGUGAUAAACUAUUUCAAUUCAAAAUGAAUCCUAGACCUUUCAAAAUUCAUUAUCUUCCUUGAUUUUUCCUCUCUGUGACCCUCCUCCAAACAGGGCCUCUUAUGAUCAUUUUAUGGCAUGAUCAAUGCAAUUGGCCAGGUUUGAAAUGUAGUUUUCUUUGUUGGUAACUAGUUAGGCUUUGUCAUGUACUCUAUUUGUGUUCCUUUAAAAAUACUGGAAUAGUAAGUUCUAGUAAUUUAGAAUGUUUGUUUUAUUUUCCUCGAAUCCUGUAUAUGUUAAAUCAUUGCAAUCUCUUAGCAAAAACUGACCAACUCCAUCAUCAUUAGUGCCUAAAAUACUGUCCAUACCUAACAUUGUUUGCUUCUGGUGACUGAUGUGUUCUAUUAUAAAUGAACACCAUCAAAUUUGACAUGUUAUUUUAAUGUCAGGUUUGUAUUUUCUCACUGGAGAUAGAAUGUCGUCAAAUGCGUUUCUCCACCAAUCCAAUGAUGUCUGGGGAAUAUGCAGGCCUUCGUUGAGAGGCCCUUGACAAAAUCAAUGGCACAUUCGUCCAAUAUUUUAGAAAAGUAGCAUCCAGACCAUGAGGAGUAGAGAGUCAAGCAGGCAAGAGUUCAGUUGAGCAUAGCAACACUAUAUCCAGUUCUGUUGCAGACAUUGCAGCAGAAUCAUUAAGUGGUUCAAAAUCAAGAUGAAAGAGUUUUACAAUAUUUACAUUGUAAUAGGUUAUUAGACUGUUAUAUAAUUUUCACUUCUUUUUGGCCGUUACUGAGUUGGCAAUUUCUUGUUUUCGUCAAAUAAACCUCAUUCAGUUUUUACACAAGUAGAAACUAAAGUUGUUUUACAUGAGAAAAUAUGGGAACAAUUCUUACUCUUAAAUUUGUGACUCAUUUCCAUGUACCA